GGGAAGGUCUCCUGCUCUUCCAAAUAGGAAUAGAGAUGAGAGUAAAGAGAUGAAGAAAGGAGCAUGGACUUCUGAGGAAGAUCAACAACUUAUCAACUACAUCCAAAAACAUGGCCAUGGAAGCUGGAGAUCCCUCCCUAAACUUGCUGGUCUUAAAAGAUGCGGGAAGAGUUGUCGAUUAAGAUGGACGAAUUAUCUUCGACCAGAUAUAAAGAGAGGAGAGUUUUCCCAAGAAGAGGAGAACGUCAUUCUUCACCUUCAUUCCGUUCUCGGAAACAAAUGGUCAACAAUUGCAACACGUUUACCGGGACGUACAGAUAAUGAAAUCAAGAAUUACUGGAACACCCAUAUGAAAAAAAAGCUACUCGAGAGGGGUAUAGAUCCGAUGACCCAUCGGCCAAGAACCGACUUGUUUUCUUGCUUGCCUCAACUAGUAGCCCUAGCUAACAUCAAAGAGAUCCUUGAACACAAUCAAUUGGCUCAAAACCUUCAAUACUUCAACCUUUUACUCCAAAGCAACACAGGGUUAUCAACCUUGUUAAACCGAACGAAUUCGAUCCCUCAAAUUCAAGAAGAAAACCCUAAUUUGAUGAAUGGAUUCCCACUAGAAGUAGGUCAAGAAAGUGAAGAAAUCGCACAAUUAUUUGUGGAAAAUUCUAGUCAUGUUACUCAACCACUCCAUGAUCAAGAAGUCUCAAUCAUGAAUUUGCAAACAAGCAAUUAUGAUCAUGAAAUUGUGGGUAAUGACUAUGGCCAAUCAAGAUUUGCAAGUGUCAAUUCUUCUUCUUCUUCAUCAUCAGUCACCUGGACUCCUAUUCCGCCAUUGAUGGACACCAUUACAACCAAUAAUAGCACUGGUUCACUAGAGAGAAGCACCACCGUUAGCUACGGCGGCAGUACUGGCGGAGAUGGGGUAGGUUCUUCAUAUAACUGGCCGGAGUAUCUUUUUGAGGACUCUUUCUUGGAUCAGAAUUUACGAGAAAUGUGUUGAAUUUAAUGGAGUGCAUGCAUAUGCAUAUAUACUUUAUGGAAGUCGUCGAUCUUUUUCUUGGAGUGCAAUGGAGAUGAAUGUACAUUAGGC